AUGGGUAAUACAUGUUAAUUUUCAAAGAUUGAUAAAUAACAUUAAAGAAUUAGAUUGAUAGGAGUAGAAUGUUAAUAAUUUCCUAAUAAAUAAACAUUACUAGAAAAUUAUUCAUAUAAUAUACAAGAUAAUAUUGAUAAUUUUGAGGAAGAAUUUUAUAAUAAAGACUUUGAAUUUGAUAUACACAAUGAAAAGGUUUAUGAACAUGAAUAAAGCAAUAAAAAUGUUCAAGAUGAUAAGCCAAUUUUACUAAAUUCUCUUGUAAUUCUUGAAGAAAAAUAAACAAGGACUCAAUUUGGUAGUUAUAAUUAAAUGGCAAGUGAAGCUUUCGUAAAUUGUAUUAAACAGAGAUUGUCAAUAGGAAAUUAAAAAAUUGAUAGAUUUAGGGAAAAUGUUUAACAACAAACACAUCUGAAUUCUAUUUAACGUUUGUCUCAUACAUAUGGAAGAACUUAAUUUAAAGUUACAGAUAAUGAUUCUGUUACUUAAAACUCAAGUAGAAUCUGUAAAUCAACAAGAGGUUCAAAAAGUACUUUUUAAAGUAGUUUUUCUUUAAACUAGAAAUCAAAUAUAAAACAGAUUUCAUCCAAAUAGGUUUGUAACAUUAAAAUCGUAUAUUUAUGA